AUGCGUCUCCUAAAGCAAAACAUCGAGCGCGACGGCUCUGGCACCGUCACCCUCCUCCCCGAAGAGUCAGAAGACAUGUGGCACGCCUAUAACCUCAUCGCCCCAAACGACCUCUUAUACGCCUCCGCCAUCCGCCGCAUCGUAAAAGAAAGCGCAACGGGCAGCACCUCCUCUCAACGAGUGCGAACGGUCCUCUUGAUCCGCGUAACAGGCGUUGAAUUCGACGCACAAGCCGGACAACUACACGUCAGCGGACGUGUGUCGGGGGAUCAUCAGUUUGUGAAGAAUGGCGCGUUUCAUACCCUCGAUCUCGAGCUACAACGGCAGUUUACCCUCGAGAAGAGCGACGGCUGGGACUCGGUGGCGCUGGAUGUUGUGAGAGAGGCUGUUAAGCAGGAUAAAGAGGGGACGGUGCCUGCAGUUGUGAUGCAGGAAGGCCUGGCGAAUAUAUGUCUCAUUACGGAGCAUCAAACGAUCUUGAAGCAGCGAGUCGAGACUGGGGUUCCGAAGAAGAGAGCUGGGAGAUCAGGGGAUCAUGAUAAGGGGAUGGAUAGGUUCUUUCAGGUUACACUGGAGACGCUGUUAAGGCAUGUGGAUAUUACUCAGCCGAGACCGUUGUUACUUGCUAGUCCGGGCUUCACGGCGGCGGGAUUCCAAAAAUACAUUAUCGAUGAGGCGACGAGGACAGGGAAUAAGGCGGUUUUGUCGAACAAGAGCAAUUUCGUGGUGGUUCAUUCGAGUUCGGGGCAUUUGCACAGCUUGAAUGAGGUCCUCAAGAGCCAGGCGGUGCUGUCGAAAUUAAAGGAUACCAAGUACGCAAAGGAGACCAGCUGCAUGGACGAAUUCAUGACAUUGCUGCGAAAAGACGAUGGGAGAGCUUGGUAUGGACCGACGGAGGUGGAGAAAGCUGUUGAGAAAGGCGCCGUUGGACCAAGUGGAGUACUGCUCAUCAACAACUCACUAUUCCGAAGUCAAGAAAUCGGGACAAGGAAACGAUGGGUGUCCCUGGUGGAUACGGUCAGAGAGGGUGGAGGUGAAGCGAAGAUAUUGAGUAGUGACCAUGAAAGUGGGAAGAGGUUAGAAGGAUUGGGUGGAAUUGCAGCGAUUCUGACAUUUCCAUUGAUGGAUUUGGAUGAGGAUGAAGAGACAGAGGAAGAAGAUACCCCUGAUGGAACAAACGGGGAGCCCAUAAUAUAA